UGAGAAAGUGUUAUUAACAGUUCAUGGCCUUUUAGGCUUCCUCCACGUGAAUAGGAGUUUACUUUUUGAAUAAUAAGAAUUACAGUAUAUGUCACGGUGGGGGGCGGGGAAUCAGGAUUUUAGAGAUGCUUAGGUGGGGCAUGGCCAAAAAAUGGUUGGGAACCACUGGUCUAGCUAUUUCCCAGUUCUAACAUACCAGUUCCAAUUAAAUUCUAACAUUUAUUAAAUACAAGCAUUUAGCACCCACAGAUCUAUAAUGAAAUAUGAAAGUUGGUGUGUGUACAUAGGUAGGCAUGAUUUUAUUUUUAGAUAGCAGUCCAUACUGCAUUGUGUGAGCAAAAGUUGGCAAUAGUGUGCACAAAGGCAGAACAAGAUAUUUGUUGAAAGCAGACUGCUGCCAAGAUGUUGCCUUCAGGGAUGUGCAGCCGUGCUGUUGUUGAAACAACAGACAAAAGAACAAAAGGCUGAGUGUGUACGAUGUGUGGCAAAAUUAUUGCAGACGCAUAUGGCAUGAAGUUUUCCUUAUAAAGCUACCUUGAAGCAGAAGCAAGUUGGGGAGGAGGAUACUGCAGCUACAGAAAGGAGCCAGUGUACUUUUACCAAAUCUCUGGCUUCCAAUUUUUCGCUGCCUCUAGGCCACACAAACCACACAUUUAAAGCACUUCAAACAGUCAUGGCUUUCUCCAAAUAAUUCUGGGUGCUAAAGUUUGUUAAGGGUGCUGACAGUUGUCCGGAGGCCUCUAUUCCCCGCAGACAACUACAAUUUCCAGAGUACCCUGUGAAGAGGAAUUGACUGUUAAACCACUCUGAGAAUUAUACCCCUGUCUUUAGAGCAACUGAAAACAUCAAACAAGAAGCCAUUUAUUGCUGCCUUUGUCAGAAAGGGAACUGUCCUUUUCCUUCUCUCUCUCUCUCUCUCUCUCUCUCUCUCUCUCCCCCAACCCAACAUUAUGACUGAUGAUGGAUCAUCAUUUCCUGGGCAUCAUAUUUAUAUACUGGGAUGUCCAGACACUCGGAUUCUUAUUUGAGGACUCUGCAUGUUUUAAGGAUGCCUGUUACUCUCCCCUUCUUACUGCUUACGAUCUCCCUGCCGAAGCCCUCCAUCUUCUGGCUCCAAGCUCCGGAUGCAGAUGAGAAGCACCACCUCCGAUGUACGGCUCAAGGGGCAUAUUUCGGCAGCUGGUUCUACCUGUACCAGGGAGGGAGCCCGGAGGCCGUGGCUGAAAAGCAAGCCUUGCCCACCCAAUCUGAAGUGACCUUUGAGGUGCACAACUUUGGGCCCAGGGACCAAUUCCGCUGCAGCUAUGAGAUCUGGGAGGCAGGGAAGCCCAUUCGCUCCCCGCUCAGCAGCCCUGCAAACAUCACAGAGGACCAUUACCCCAAGCCAUCCAUCUCUGCGAGUCCCAGUACUGAGGUCCUUGCAGGGCAGGACUGGACUGUCUGUUGUCAGGCUCCAUUACUAGGGGUCAACUUUGUCCUCUACCAGGCCAGGGACUUUCGGAUAGAGGUCACUCCUCGAGGGGACUCUGACACUGCUGAAUUCUCCUUGAAGAAUGUCACCAUGGCCGAUGCAGGCCGAUAUACCUGUUACUACCACAGCACCAUAGAGCCCAUCAUCUGGUCAAACGCCAGUGACCCAGUGCAGCUGAGAGUUAUCGAUGCAACUGUGGUCCUCAGUUACCUGGAGGUGUUGGUGGACUCUGCAGGAAGAUAUCGAGUGAAUUGCUCAGUUCCUUCUGCUGCUGAGGGCUGGUUUUAUCUUUACCAAGGUGGGCAGCUCUUUGCUGAAACCAGAGCUUGGCAAGAUGGGGCGAUUGCAAGCUUCAACCUCACAGAAGAGGCCAUUAACAUUACCGUAGGAGAGCUGAGCUGCCAAUAUAAGGAAUAUCAGCUCAAUGACACUGAAGCGUGGACAGAAGACUCACAUUCCCAGGCCACGGAUUUCACCUCAGCCAACUCACUGCGACUUGGGAUCGGGGCCUGCGUCCUCUUAUUAGCCCUGUUCUUCAUAGCUGAAGCAUGGUGGAACGAGAAGCAUCAGGAGAGCUGGGCCAAAUGAAGGGAUCCUGGAUCAGCAGGAUCCCGCUAAGCUGACCAAGUCUGGUUUGAAAUUGCAAGUUCCAGUGACUGCUUUGAUGGGAAGGAACAUAAUGAUGGAUUGGGAACCACACACAGAGAUUGUCAGACUGCAGUCCUCAACCAAUUUACCUCACAGUCACCACAUCAUGGCUCCUCUGAAACAGGAGCUUUGGCCUACAGGAAUAAGGAACAUGCAGGCCACCAGAUGUUGUUAGACUCCAUCUCCCAUUGGCCCCAACCAUUGGUCAUUGGUCAGGGAUGAUGGGAGCCGUAGUCUGGCAACAUCUGGAAGGCCACAGGUCCCCUACCCCUUGCUGAACCUGAGGCAGAACUCAGAACCAGUUUUGACCAGCAUAA